AUUCAUUCUCGAACAAUACCCGCUAAUGAAUACAGCAAAUUAUUGUUAAAAUGUAAAUAUCCGGACCGAUCGAUUUUAAUAGUAAAAUGUUGUGGUUGGAGGAACAUUGUAAAGUAUUUGUUGUAAUAUUUUUAAUCUGCUUGGAAUGGACGUCGGCAACUGGUUUAGGGCCUUGUCCCAAAGUCAAGAGCAUGGACAAAUUGAAUUUAACAAAAUUUUCAGGACAUUGGCAUGAAAUUGAAAGAACAUUUUAUCUCAUGGAACUGAUUCGUAGCUGUGUGACUGUAGAUAUAUCAGAACUGUCAAAAGAUCGGCUAGGUAUAGUGGUCAACACAAAAAGUACUUGGACGGGCACUUUUUCUAUCAGCGAGGGUGUGGCGUCCCCUACCAGAAGAGAUCCAAAUAUUUUCCAAUAUAAAGUCAGCAGCAGCUUUCCCAGAAUUGUGAACAGAUAUCUACCAGGAGCAGGAUUCUACCAAGUCCUAGAUACAGACUAUGACACCUAUGCUGUUGUGUAUUCUUGCUCCAACUGGCAGGUAGUUCAUUCAGAUUUAAUUUGGAUUUGGGGCCGAAAGCGAGAAAUAGACGUCGAACUGAGGUCUGAACUAUACAGAAAAUUGAACAAUAUGCAACUUGACCCUGAAAGACUUGUUUUAUCCAAAACAACUAACUGUACUGACAGUGAAGAUUUUUUAAAUGAUGAUAUAUUGUAUUAACAUUUUAGUUAUUGAAAGGGCUGAAUAAUUAACGUAGAUCUCGAAAAAUACAUAGACUCUCAACUAGAAGUAAACUGCAUCUCUCUAAAUUUUCAAGUCAACUUUUAGGUCUAUGGUAUUUUAUUCAUUGAUAAGUAUAUUCAGACUUAGUUUCCACAACACCAACUAUUUUUCGAAUACAACUUAUAUAGUAUGAAAAUAAUAUUUUUCACAAAAUAAACAUAAUAUAUGCAAAUUUCUCAAUAAUUAAAAAGUAUUACUAAUGGAAGAUCAAAUUUCUCACCAUUUUCGAGAUCUACUGUAAAAAAACACUUUUAUUACUGUGAGAAAUUUCUCUUUAAUCCUUUUCUGUUCAAUACUACUUUUUUGUUACAUUCAUAUAUGAAAAAAUGUAAGGAUUUUUCUGAGGAUGAUUAUUAUAAUCUUAUGUCGUUUUA